AUGAUGUGCGAGGUGAUGCCCACCAUCUCCGAGGAUGGGCGUGGCGGUGGCGGGUCUUCCUCACCGGCCGGAACCAGCUCCGGCCUCGGCGGAGGUAUGGGUGGUGGCAUGGGGGGCUACGGUAGCCGAGACCCCCGCGGCGGCGGAGACGAAGGGGGCAGCACGGGCAACCUGGAGUCACUGAUGGUCAACAUGCUGACCGAACGCGAGAGGCUGCUGGAGAGUCUGAGGGAAACUCAGGACAGCUUAGGGACGGCCCACCUGCGGCUACGAGAGCUCGGACACGAGAAGGAGUCUCUGCAGAGGCAGCUGUCCAUCGCGCUGCCGCAGGAGUUUGCAGUGCUGACCAAGGAGCUCAACCUAUGUCGGGAGCAGCUUCUGGAGCGAGAAGAAGAGAUCGCAGAGCUCAAGGCAGAGCGCAACAACACAAGACUGCUUCUGGAGCACCUGGAAUGUCUGGUGUCACGUCAUGAGCGAAGCCUGAGGAUGACUGUGGUGAAGCGUCAGGCGCAAUCGCCGGCAGGCGUCUCCAGCGAGGUGGAGGUCCUCAAAGCGCUCAAGUCGCUCUUCGAGCACCACAAGGCUCUGGAUGAGAAGGUCCGCGAAAGGCUGCGCGUGGCCCUGGAGCGAGUGGCAGCUCUGGAGGACGAGCUGCAGACGUCCUCGCAGGAAGUGGUCUCUCUGCGUGAGCAAAUCAAGCGACGGCAGCAGGGACUUGACAAAGAGCGUCUUCCCAAUGGGCCGUCAUCCAUCUUGGAUGAUGGCGAGGUGGACCGACAGCGCGAAGGCGAGAUCGAACGUCAACGAUCAGAGUUGGGCCAGCUGAAGGAGAGAUUGGCGCUCAUGUGCAGACAGGUUGGCGAGAUCGAGGAGCAGCUGACGUCUGCCAGGAGAGAACUGACGCGAUCGGAAGAAGCCAAUCACAAAUUGCAACGGGAUGUCAAGGAGGCUCUGUGUCAGAGAGAAGACAUGGAGGAAAGAAUCACCACACUGGAGCGGCGGUACUUGAGUGCCCAGCGGGAGGCGACGUCUCUCCACGACAUCAAAGACAAGCUAGAGAACGAACUGGCCAGCAAAGAGUCGCUGCACAGACAGAGCGAGGAAAAGAACCGACAACUGCAGGAGCGCCUGGAAGACUCCAAGCAGAAGUUGCAGCAGACCCUGCAGAGGGCUGAGACGCUGCCCGAGAUCGAAGCGCAGCUUGCGCAGAGGGUGGCUGCACUCAACAAGGCCGAGGAGCGCCACGGCAACUUUGAGGAGCGCCUGCGCCAGAUGGAGGCGCAGUUGGAGGAGAAGAACCAGGAGCUACAGCGGGCCAGGCAGCGCGAGCGGAUGAACGAUGAACACAACAAGCGUCUCUCAGACACAGUGGACAAGCUGCUUUCCGAGUCCAAUGAGAGGUUGCAGCUGCACCUUAAAGAGAGGAUGGCCGCUCUGGAGGAGAAGAACGCUCUCACGGAAGAGCUUUCCAACAUGAAGAAGAUUCAGGAUGACCUUCUGGCAAACAAGGACCAGCUAAUCGCAGAGCUGGAGCGGAUUCAGCUAGAACUGGAUCAGCUGAGAGCCAGGCCUGGAGGGUCUUACUCCAGUCGAUCUCUACCCGGCAGCGCUCUGGAGCUGCGGUACUCCCACGGGGGCGGCUCCCUCCCCAUGGGCUCCACCACUCACCUGGACACCUUUGGGAAUGCCUCUCUGGGCGGCAGGCGAGGCCACCGGGCCCGAUGGAGCUCGGCAAGGGAGGACUCCACCAAGUACACAGAUUGGGAGACAGGGGCGCUGUUGGGGUCCGGCUACGAGCACGGCGUAGAUGUAGGCUGCUCGGACGACGAGGACGACGGAGACCAUCGCUUCGGGUCUGAGCUGCUGUCGCCCAGCGGGCAGACGGAUGUACAGACGCUGGCCAUCAUGCUGCAGGAACAGCUGGAGGCCAUCAACAAGGAGAUCAAACUGAUCCAGGAGGAGAAGGAAAACACAGAGCUGCGUGCCGAGGAGAUCGAAAGCCGAGUCAGCAGCGUGGCCUUGGACAGUCCGCCCAUUCCGCCUUCUUCACUAGGGAGGGAUGGUGCUGGGCGAGGAUUCAUCCCGUCCUCCAUUACCUCCUCCACCCUGGCCUCACCAUCUCCGCCCAGCUCGGGGCACUCCACCCCACGCCUGCCUCACUCUCCGGCGCGUGAGAACGACCGACAGAACAACAAAGAUGAUGAGCGCUCCCUGGCUCUGUUGGACUCUACGCCACCGCCCACGCCGCGGGCUUUGCGCCUAGACAGGAUGACCCUCACUCACCCAGGCGCCCUGUUGGACGACCCCCGCGAGUUCCGGAGCUUGUCAGCAGAUGGUAGCAGCUCCAAUAGCAGCCAGGACUCCUUGCACAAGUCCAGCAAGAAGAAGAGCAUCAAGUCUUCCAUCGGGCGACUCUUUGGGAAGAAGGAGAAAGGUAGAAUGGGACAAGCAGGACGAGAUUGCUCGGGCUCGCUUGCAUCAACGCCAUCGGAAGAUUUGGCCUCCGGGGACCCCAUCGGCAUAAACAAGACGGGGACUUUGGGCCCGGCUGACAAGGACCGCCGCAGCAAGAAGAAGCAGGAGUUGUUAGAAGAAGCAUGUCGCCAGGGUUUGCCUUUCGCGUCCUGGGACGGUCCCACAGUUGUGUCUUGGCUGGAGCUCUGGGUGGGCAUGCCCGCCUGGUACGUGGCGGCCUGCCGGGCCAAUGUGAAGAGCGGCGCCAUCAUGGCUAACCUGUCGGACACGGAGAUCCAGCGCGAGAUCGGCAUCAGCAACCCGCUGCACCGCCUCAAGCUCAGGCUCGCCAUCCAGGAGAUGGUGUCCCUCACCAGCCCGUCAGCACCCGCCAGCACUCGCUCGUCGACAAGCAAUGUUUGGAUGACCCAUGCCGAAAUGGAGUCCUUGAAUGCUGCAACCAAGCCGCCGCUGAAGGAGUUCAGUUGGGAUCAGAUUCUGGCGUACGGCGACAUGAAUCACGAGUGGGUGGGCAACGAUUGGCUACCUAGCCUGGGCCUGCCGCAGUACCGCAGCUACUUCAUGGAGUCGCUGGUGGACGCCCGCAUGCUAGACCACCUCACUAAGAAGGAACUGAGAGGCCAGCUCAAAAUGGUGGACAGUUUCCACCGGGUAAGUUUGCAUUACGGCAUCAUGUGCCUGAAGCGCCUCAACUACGACCGCAAAGAGUUGGAGAGACGGCGGGAGGACAGCGCGCACCACAAUAAAGACGUGAUGGUGUGGUCCAACGAGCGAGUGAUGAGCUGGGUGCAGACGGUGGGCCUGAAGGAGUAUGCCGACAACCUUCGCGAGAGCGGCGUGCACGGCGCGCUGCUGGCACUGGACGACACCUUCGACUACACCGACUUGGCGCUGCUGCUGCAGAUUCCCAAUCAGAACACGCAGGCCCGACAGCUCCUUGAACAGGAGUAUAACUCUCUCAUCUCCGUGGGAACCGAGAGACGGCCUGAUGAAGAUGGCACAAAGACGUUUACGCGUUCUCCGUCAUGGCGCAAGAUGUUCCGCGAGAAGGACCUGCGCGGCGUCACCUCGGAUUCGGCCGAAACGCUGCCAGCCAACUUCCGUGCCUCGGCCAUCGCCACGCCCUCCGUCACCCUCAGGAAGGUGCAGAGCGACGGUGAGUCCAGCUCCAGUGCCCGGGGUGAAGCCGCCUCCGUGAGGACGUACUCGUGUUGA